CAGAAGCUGUGAUUGAUGGUCACAGAGCAAAACCAAGAGGGAAUAGGUGGGGUUGACAGUUGUCGAGAGACCGUGAUUGGCUAAGAGGAGCGGCUAGGUCAAAAACUGGGGCGGGGUUCCAGACUGAGGCUUAGGGCUGGUGUUGUGCUGACGGCCUGGGCCAGGGAAUUUCAAUUUCGAAUGAGACUGAGGGAGACGGUGGCGCGGAGACGAGACGGGGAGGUAAUAGGAAGACUGAGAAAGAAGUGAGGGGAAACCGCCAAGAAGAUACAGAAUCAUUCUCAAGCCCUGAGCUGGCAACCCUAGGCUGGAUCCAUAUCUGCACUCCACUGAGUUCUUCUUGUGCUGAAGGAAGGAGUGCAUCCAGAGGCCAUGACGACUGAAUUUGGUUUAGAUACAGAAAUAAAGGAAUCUGAGAAGCUUGGAGCAAAUACUGCAAAUGAAGAUGCUGGAGAUGUGCCAGACAGUAAAAAAGAGCAGACAUCCGAAACAGAAGAAAGCGCUCCUACUCUACAGAUUCCAGCUAGCCAAAGUAGCCCUAGGAGCUCAGGAGGGAAGGGUAUUUCUCGCUUCAUCCCUCCCUGGCUUAAGAAACAAAAAUCGUACAGCUUGACAGAACCCAAAGAUGAAACAAAGAAAAAACAGCCAUCAACAUCAGGAGAGACAGAAGCAGAGGGAGGUGAAUGUCAUCUUCCAGAAGAGGUAGCGCACACUAAGGGAAAAUUGGAAGACAUUACUGAGAUUCAUCAAGAAGCUAAAGCAGAUGACAAAGAGGAGGAAAAAGUUUCUGUUAGUAGUACUGACAUACAGCCUAUUAAACAAGACAGAGAAAUUGCUUCUGAAGUAAAAGAAGACAAACAAGAAGCAGAGGAAGACAAAAAGGAGUCUAAAGAGGUACAGACGGGUGAAAUCAAAGCGGAGAAACCUCUUCAAAAAACACAUAAGAGGAUCAGAACUGUCCAGUGUAAAGUGGUGCUUUUGGAUGGUACAGAAUACAGCUGUGACCUUGAGAAAAAAGCAAAAGCCCAGGUGCUGUUUGAUAAGGUGUGUGAACAUCUUAACUUACUGGAAAAGGACUACUUUGGUUUAUUGUUUCAAGACCAUUCAGAUCAGAAGAAUUGGCUUGAUCCUUCAAAGGACAUCAAGAGACAAAUUCACAAUUUGCCGUGGCUAUUCACGUUUAAUGUGAAGUUUUAUCCACCUGAUCCUUCACAGUUAACGGAAGACAUCACCAGGUACUUCCUGUGUUUGCAGCUUCGUUAUGAUAUUGCUUCUGGACGUCUACCAUGUUCUUUUGUGACUCAUGCUCUCCUUGGUUCAUAUACUCUGCAAGCUGAACUAGGUGACUAUGAUCCAGAGGAACACAACAGUGAUUACAUAGGGGACUUCCAGUUUGCACCUAACCAGAUAAAAGAGAUGGAGGAAAAAGUAGUAGAGUUGCACAAAACACACAGAGGUUUGACUCCAGCACAAGCAGAUUCCCAAUUCUUAGAAAAUGCCAAGAGGCUUUCCAUGUAUGGAGUGGAUUUGCACCAUGCUAAGGAUUCUGAAGGUGUGGACAUCAUGCUGGGUGUAUGUGCCAAUGGGUUACUCAUUUACAAAGACAGACUCCGAAUCAACCGUUUUGCUUGGCCCAAAAUAUUGAAGAUUUCUUAUAAACGCAGUAGCUUCUAUAUUAAAGUCAGACCAACUGAGCUGGAACAGUUCGAGAGUAUUAUUGGGUUUAAGCUCCCAAACCAUCGGGCUGCAAAGAGAUUAUGGAAAGUGUGUGUGGAGCAUCAUACUUUUUAUAGACUUGUAUCACCAGAACAGCCUCCUAAGGCUAAGUUCCUGACACUGGGUUCUAAGUUUCGCUACAGUGGGCGUACCCAAGCACAGACACGACAGGCUAGCAAUCUCAUAGACAGACCAGCUCCAUACUUUGAACGGACCUCAAGCAAACGUGUUUCCAGAAGUCUUGAUGGUGCUCCAGUAGGUAUUGCAGACCAGACCCUGCUUAAAGACUUCUCUACUACAGCAGUGGGAUCCGCUGGUGAUAGGCUCUUUGAAAUCCCUGGACAGUCCAAAUUAAAAGAUGGGGAAGGUAGAGAUGAGGAUGGAGGCAUAGCUAAAAUGCCGCAAUUAGAAGAUGGAAAGACUUAUUCCUUGAGAAUAGAUGGGGAAAAUAUUUAUGUCAGACAUAGCAAUUUAAUGUUGGAGGACCUGGAUAAGACCCAGGAUGAAUUACUGAAGCAUCAGGCUAGCAUUAGUGAACUGAAGCGCAAUUUUAUGGAAUCCACUCCUGAGCCACGCCCUAAUGAAUGGGAAAAGCGGCGUAUUACACCUCUGUCUCUACAGACACAAGGGAAAUUUACUCCCCAAACAGAAGAACCUUCCUCUGGAGCCAGCAGGACUAUUAAGAGUUCGCAUGAGACUCUGAACAUAGUGGAGAAGAAGCAGGCAGAGGUUGGGAUAGAAGAGACAGUAGUCACUGACGAUACCAACAGGGGCAAAGCAGAAGUUGUCUCUGGUGGUGGGCAAACUCAGAAGAUGGAGCAUCUAUCAAAAAAGGAUUCUUCUUCAUUGUCAUCAAAUAGCAGCAGUAGUGAGAGUGACGAUGAAGUAGGAGAAUACCGGCCACACCAACCAAUGACUCAGGGCACCAUAGAGGAAGAUGAAGCUAUGAAAGAGGAGGAAGAACACAAGGCACAGGCAUUAGUGUGUGUGGAAAUAUCACAAGAAACCAGUCCAGUUCAAUUAACAGUUGAGCAUAAACAAGUGACAGAAGCUUUGGUCCAGACAAAUGAAGUAUCUACAAAGACAUCUGGAGAGAGGCAUCUGACAAAAUUGGAUAAGCAAGGCCUAAAAGAUGAGAGGGAGGAAGAGCAGCUCAAAAUCAAUGGAGAGGCAUCGCAUAGUGACAUUGAUGUUUCACCACAAAUAAUUUGUUGCUCAGAGCCUCCAGUGGUUAAAACUGAGAUGGUGACCAUUUCAGAUGCUUCACAGAGAACUGAAAUAUCUACCAAGGAAGUACCCAUUGUUCAGACAGAAACUAAAACGAUCACAUAUGAAUCUCCCCAGUUUGAUGGAAGUGGUGAUGCUGGUGUACUGUUGAGCGCACAGACAAUCACAUCAGAAUCUGUUUCUACAACCACAACUACACACAUCACUAAGACAGUAAAAGGUGGUGUGUCAGAAACCAGAAUUGAAAAGCGGAUUGUUAUCACUGGCGAUGCAGACCUUGACCAUGACCAGGCAUUAGCACAAGCCAUUAAAGAAGCCAAAGAGCAGCACCCUGAUAUGUCUGUAACAAGAGUUGUGGUACAUAAGGAAACAGAACUUGCAGAGGAAGGGGAAUAAGAAUUAUGAAGAGUGAUUUGUGACUGAAGAACUUUGAUCAUUCCAAGUCAGUGUCACCACCGCUAUUUCACUGAAUUCACCAAACCUGGUGACCAUGACCAGACAUCUCCAUGAAUGAAUUGCCAACACCAAACCUUAUCUUCUCUGAUACUUUACUGUAUAUGUCUUUUAUUUUUAUAACCACUUCUUAACGUUCUUUGCUUUUUUAUGAGGUAUAUAGAUUUAUUAUUUUUACCACGUUUCCCUGCCACUUUUAUAUAACUGAUUACUUAAUUGCAUGAAAGUGAACAAAAAUAUUUAGUAAGCACUGUUCACUUUAGCAAGUGUAAUAUCUAGGAAAGAGAGAAUCUUUCACUAAUUUAGAUAUAAUCUUUUUCCAAAGCCUCCUACUGGAGUAACAGUUUUUUUCAGAUUAUUCAGGUAAAUAAAACAUCAAAUAAUAUAAGAAAUACAUUAUUUUGUAUUAAAAAUACAAAGUUUUCCUAUUACUUGGUGGGAAACAUAAGUUAAGGUUUGUAUGGAUGUUAUAAAAACUACUCAUAACUGCUCUGUUCUGAGGGGCUCCCACUUUCUGAAGAGAACUGGUGCUGGUAUAUUAUAGAGACAAGAGUUACAAAGAUGCUUCUGCUGACUGAGCACUCUUCUAGUAAUUGCUUUGCACUUCACUGCCAUUGUUCAAUCCCUUUGUGGACACUGGUCUCCAACAUUCCAGACAAGCUUGGAAGGCCUUUGUUCUCUUCCCUUCCAACAAAGAUAACCUAGGCAGCUCAAAGCCUUAGUGGUUUUCUCUAAACAUGUUAAAUGUCAAACACUUUGUUAUAUGAAUACAUACACAGGAUGCUUGCAUUGCAUAAUGACUCAUUGUCUGCCUGUUAUAACUGACACUUGAGCAGUUGUCCUUUUUUUUCAGUAGUGUGCCUAAUGUCUUGUACAGGUGUUAAGGACAUUGAAGGAUGGGGUGCAACCUGGAAUCCGUUGCAAGUAAAAUGGGAACCAACUCUUAUGGGUGAGGCUGCCUGCCGCUGAGGAGCCUGUAUGAAAACCUGCUAACUGUGUAUUUUCUACCCCUCACCGUUCACUUUGUGUAUAGUUAAGAUGCCAUAUUAAAUUUAUAGCAGCUUGGAGUUGUAUUAAGUGAUAUUUUGCUUUCUGUAAUACUGUUAUAAAAU